UAGGCUAACAUCGAAAUUAGGGUUCGGAUGCCGAGGCACUAUCUUCACAAACGCAUAUUUUUCUUUCAUCUGAAUCUUUCCUUGAAAUCUCUCCCUUUGAAGUUUUCGUAGUUCUCUCAAUCAUGGAGAUGGAACGCGUCUUCGAAUUUCCUCACACUCACAUGGAUCGGCGCCCGAGAAAGAGAGCGAGAUUGGGCUGGGACAUCGCCGAGGUCCCCAAGGCUCAGGUAGGAUUGUUUUGUGGACAAGAUGUUGGGAGUAUUUCAAGCUAUGCUCCUUCAAGGGGUCCCUCAGAACAUACCAAUAGUUCUCUAUUUGUUAAGGCAGUUGCUCGAAAUGGUUCUCCCCCUUGGCGAGAUGAUGACAAAGAUGGGCAUUACAUGUUUGCGCUUGGAGAAAAUUUAACUUCUCGCUAUAAGAUCCAUAGCAAAAUGGGUGAAGGAACUUUUGGGCAGGUCUUAGAAUGCUGGGACAGAGAACGGAAGGAAAUGGUUGCCAUAAAAAUUGUCCGUGGUAUAAAGAAGUAUCGAGAAGCAGCCAUGAUAGAAAUUGAGGUGUUGCAACAGCUUGGUAAACAUGAUAAAGGAGGCAAUCGUUGUGUGCAAAUACGGAACUGGUUUGACUAUCGUAAUCAUAUCUGUAUUGUGUUUGAGAAACUUGGACCAAGCUUAUACGAUUUUCUUCGGAAAAACAAUUAUCGCUCAUUUCCCAUUGAUCUUGUCCGCGAGAUUGGCAGACAACUAUUGGAAUGUAUAGCAUUCAUGCAUGAUUUGCGCAUGAUUCAUACUGACCUGAAGCCUGAAAACAUACUACUAGUUUCGCCAGAGUAUGUGAAAGUUCCAGACUACAAGAGUUCAUCUAGAUCACCAAGUUCCUAUUUCAAGAGGGUUCCCAAAUCAAGUGCUAUAAAGGUUAUUGAUUUUGGAAGCACCACUUAUGAGCGAGAAGAUCAGAAUUACAUUGUAUCAACUCGUCAUUAUAGGGCUCCUGAAGUUAUCCUUGGACUUGGCUGGAGCUUUCCGUGUGAUAUAUGGAGCGUGGGAUGUAUACUGGUUGAGUUAUGCUCGGGAGAAGCUUUGUUUCAGACUCAUGAAAAUUUAGAGCAUCUUGCAAUGAUGGAAAGGGUACUUGGUCCAUUACCGCAGCACAUGUUGAAGAGAGUUGACCGACAUGCUGAGAAGUAUGUUAGAAGGGGUAGAUUAGACUGGCCUGAGGGUGCAACAACAAGGGACAGUAUUAAAGCUGUGAUGAAGCUUCCUAGGCUACAGAACCUUAUAAUGCAACAUGUUGAUCAUUCAGCUGGCGAUCUCAUACAUCUCUUGCAGGGGUUACUUAGAUAUGACCCAUCUGAAAGACUUACAGCCAAGGAAGCUCUUAGACAUUCCUUCUUUAUGAGAGAUCACUUUAGGAGAUAAUCAACUUUCUAAAAGCUGCUGCAUCAUUGACAUCCUAAGGAUGUGUGCUAAUGAGCGCACAUCUGUGUGAUGGCUGCAUCGCUUCUCAAUCCAAUGUUAUGCUGUAAAAAAUCCUAUUUAGAAAAUUUUGAAUGAAUCUGAAUUCAAUGUACAGUAGAAAAAAAAUGCUAACGUUAUGGCAAAAAUUUGAGAUUUAUGGGCAUGACUGGUAUUGCAUCCCGAUCUAAGUCUCCAUACGGAGUGGAAUUUAUUUC